UUCCUCCGGAAAUGAAACCCCCGUGCUUCCUUUGCCUGUCAAGUAUUUCAACCUGUAGAGAAGUCUUCUUUCAUAUCACCGGAGAUGCCGCGGGUAUAUGUCGGCAAGCUGACUUACCAUGUUCGAGAAAAAGACAUUCUAAGAUUUUUUAGCGGUUAUGGUAAAUUGCUAGAAAUCGACCUGAAAAAUGGGUAUGGCUUUGUAGAGUUUGAGGACAUGCGUGAUGCUGAUGAUGCUGUAUAUGAACUGAAUGGAAAGGAGCUGUGUGGGGAGCGAGUUGUCAUUGAGCAUGCACGUGGGCCGAAGAGAGAUGGCAAUGGGGGACGCAGUAGUGGCAACAGUAGCUGGAAUCGUACUGGCAGGGACAAGUACGGGCCACCUGUACGCACCGAACACCGCAUCAUCGUGGAGAACCUGUCCAGCAGGUGCAGCUGGCAAGACCUUAAGGAUUUCAUGCGGCAAGCAGGUGAAGUGACGUACGCUGACGCUCAUAAAGGACGGGCCAACGAGGGCGUGAUUGAAUUUCGAUCUCGUUCAGACUUGAAACGAGCUUUGGAAAAACUAGAUGGCACUGAUAUUAAUGGCAGGAAGAUUCGUCUGCUGGAAGACAAACCUCGGCACAAGCGCUCUUAUUCUGGCAGCAGAUCCAGGUCUCGUAGCAGGCGGGGCACUCACAGCCACAGCCGAAGAAGUGGGACCUCUCACAGUCGUUCCAGGUCUCGUUCACGUUCUCAGUCUCGCAGCAAGCGCUGGUCUCACUCUGGGUCGAGGUGGAAGUCAGGCUCCAGAUCAAAGAGAAAGUCUCGCUCUAAAACCCCCAAAAAGUCCCGCUCACACACUCGCAAACCACAGAGUCCAAGUAAAAAGACUCAAAGCCGCACACCAUCCUGCUCAGAGAGUAGAAACAAGAAGCAUCCCUCGAAAUCUCCACCAGGCAAGGACAGUCAGCCCUCCAAGCACCCAGCCAAGCGCUCUGCCUCAAGCUCCAGAUCUCGCUCUAGAUCCAGAUCCGCCUCCCAAAAUUGACAUUUCUGUAACAAUGUACUGAACAAUACAAGGAUUGAAUAAUGAUAGGAUGUGUUCUAGGCCUGUCUUUGAUGUGGUUCAGAUGUUUACAGAUCAAAAUAGAUUUUUACAUUUCCAAACUGAUUGGGAACUCAUCUACAUUUCUCGUUCACCUUUUGUUAUUUAUUUGUUUUUUUGAGCUUUUCUGUAAAUUCAUCUUUGUCUCAUCUUUAUCUUUGUGUAACUAUAUUUCUCUUGUUUGUUUUCAUAAAGUUUAAAUGUACAGUUCAGUCCAGCUGCUGAUGACAAUGGUAGAGUCUGCAUUAUAUUUUGGCAGCAUGCGUCAUAAAUCCAAAUUCAUGUUUGCUUUUUAUUUUUAUUUUUUUAAUGUUUUUGCCUUUUGAAAUCCCUGAGCUUUCUCUUGGGAGAAUGACAAUUUGAAGAUAUAUGUCACAUUUAUUUCUAACAUCAUAUUGGAAUAAAAUGAUCAAUAAAAUUGAACACAUUUUAAGAAAA